AUGGGUUCAAUUCACUUGGAAAACACUUUGGUUUCACAACCUUCAGUCAAGCAAAACUUCACCACACAUUUGUCCUACGAUGCAGCUUCCAACAGCAUUGCAUACCCCUCGGGCAAAUCAGCUAUCAUAAGGUCUUUAGAUAAUAAUUCUAUAAUUCAAUUUACAGGACAUGGUACUUCAUUAGUUACAGUUGUGAGAUUUUGUUCAAAGAUAGGGUCUAACAUUAUGUGUUCAGGUGACGAUUCAGGUAAGGUUAUAGUGUGGAGUUAUUCUAGCGACGCCGAUACCUAUGGUGUAUUCGAGACAAAAGCUCUUUCAGAAUUUCAAGUUUUAUCGGGACCCAUCACAGACAUUUCAUGGGAUUUUGAGGGGAGUAGAUUAUGUGUUGUGGGUGAUGGUCGUGACAAAUUUGGAGCAUUUAUUACCUGUGAUACUGGUAAUUCGUUAGGAGAAGUUCUGGGACAUUCCGCUAGAGUUAAUGCUUGCCACUUCAAACAAAGUAGACCUAUGAGAGCUAUGACAGUGGGUUAUAACGGGAAGGUUGUGUUUUAUAAGGGACCUCCAUUUCGUUUUGCUUCGAGUGAUACACAUCAUGGUCAGGGAAUGUUUGUUCGGGACGUGAAAUUCUCUCCUGGAAUUGGAAAGUACGCUGUCAGCGUUGGCAGCGAUAGGAAAAUUGUUGUAUACAAUGGCACUACUGGGGAAUUUAUUAAGUACCUUGAGGAUAAAACUGAAGGCUGUAGUGGUUUGUUUGCCUUGGCAUGGGUUGACGAAGGUGAUGCAUCCACUCGAUUUGCAACUGUGAGUGCCGAUGGCUAUGUGAGACUUUGGGACGUUGAAAGUGGAAAGCUAUUGCAAAAAUGGCGAGUAGGUACUAAAACUUUAGAUCAGCAAGUUGGCAUAGCUAUUACUAAAAACCAUGAGAUAUUGUCUUUGUCUCUGGAUGGAUCUAUCUCAAUAUUCAAGAUUGACAAAGGUGAACCCAUUAAAAAGCUUGUUGGUCAUAAUAAAGGCGUAACAACAUUGGCUGUGAACCCCUUAGUUACUGCAUCCUACGAUGGAGCCGUAUUCAAAUGGUCUAAGGAAGGCUUACCAACUAUGACCUGCGGGCAUUCUAACAAGGUCAUUUCGAUUGAGAAUUACGACGAAACCACUACUACUGUUUCCUGGGAUAAUACUCUAAAAGUUUCGGGCAAGGUACAAUACAAUUUUACAGAACAGCCCAGAAUCUCUCAUACAUAUAAGGGCUCUGUAGCAGUGGUGACAGAGAGCGGUAAUUUAAUGCUAUUGGACUCUUUAAAUGGGAAAUUAGUGGGAGAGCGGAACUUAAACCAAUCAGUUACUGCUGUGACGUUAAGAAAUAAAUACUUAGCUGUGGGGUACGAAACAUCUAAUGUUAUAGAGGUAUUCUCGGCAGGUAACCUCAACGAAAGUUUUGUCCUUCCAACCACGUUGCGUGCCACUCCAUCAGCGUUGUCAUUAUCGCUAUCGGAACAUUAUCUAGCUGCCGGUGAUACAACAGGGAAAAUAGUAUUGUAUGACUUGGAAACGAAAACCGUCAAGACCUCCCGUUGGUCAUUUCAUACAGGUAAAAUAACAUCAAUGGCUUGGCGCCCCGAUGAGGAGGAAGAGGACUAUGUUGCUACAGUCUCUUUAGAUACCCAUAUCUUUAUCUACUCAGUAAAGAAGCCAAUGAAAGUGAUAAAAAAACUCAAUGCACAUAAGGAUGGUAUAAACCAUGUUGAGUGGGAAUCUCCAACCAAUAUUGUAACGGCUGGAGCAGAUGCAUGCGUUAACAAUUGGAAUGUCACAUUCCCUUAA